AUGGAGAGAAGGGAAGAUAAAACGCUCAGAUACUCUCCGAGGGAUCCUGAUUCCCUGCUUGUGGAACGAUAUAGGCUCAGCAGAGGAGAAGCAUUUUAUCAGUUUUUCUCGGCAGGACUAUCAUUCAUCUCUUUAUCGCUAAUUUUGGUGCCUUCGGCACUAAUGUUUUAUCUCUUGGCUAAAAGACCUCCAAAGGGUCCAGAGAAAAAGAAGCUGCCAAGAAUCCUAGAGUUUAGCUCCUUAAACACUUUAUUGGAGGCUGAAAAGCCAACAAUCAUAUUCUAUCACACAGAAUUAUCGCUAAAGACAAAAGUAUAUCGCCUAGUUUUGUCUGAAAUUUUGCACUUGUACGGAAAAGAUAUCGAUAUCGUUGAAACCAAAGUUGAUGUGUCAAAGGAAUCAGCAUUAGGAUCAGAGGUAAAGGCAUCAGGAGGAUUCUUGUUCCACUUGUUGAUUCCUGGGAAAGAACCCAUGGUUGCAAAUUUGGAUAACUUUGCCAGCGUAUCUUCGUUCAUUGAGCAAAUUUUGAGUCUCUUGGCUCAGUUUGGAAUAAAAGUUACCGGAAAGUCCCUGAGAAAACUCGAUUUGAAGGUGUCUAUUCUACAAAAGUGCUUAGCUCUGGAUGACCCCGUUUUACACAAGGAACUGGAGACUAGAGAUGAUAUUGAUGAUAUGAUUUCUCAGUGCAACAGAAUGGAAUAUUCUGACGAUAGAAAUACCUCUAGAUGA